UUCUAAAUGCUUGAGUACUCUACCCACUGGCCACGACCAUUACCACGCCUCACACAAUUGUCGCCAGGUGAGACAAAGACUGCUAGCAAGAGAACAAGGAGGUGUCAAUGGCGGACGAGCAGUACUACGCUGAGCCGCCAGGGGCGCCACAUGGGCUGCUGCUGGCGAUGGCCUUGGGGCUGCUGGUUGCCUGGCCGCUUUUCGUGGGUCACGGGGGUGCGCCGGUAACCGAUGGCAUCGCCGAGCUGCUCGGCCCCGUGGGCCUACUCCUCCUCCCUAUCGGGCUCCUUCUCCUCAUCACCCUCCUAUCCUCCUACCGCGGCCUUGACGUGUUCGCGUUCGGCGGCUCGCCCGACGCUGUGCACCACGUUGGGGAAUCCGCCAUCGGCGUGGCGCUCAUGCUGGUCCUCGUCCUCGUCCUUCUCUACUACCGGUCCGUGCUCUUCGGCGGCGGCGGAGACGGCGACGAGUAGGCGCUUGGCAGUGCCAGUAGGUAGAGUCCCAUCUUGAGGUGAUUGGUUGGUUGUUCUUUUCCAUGUGCUUGUUCUCUUCCGCCUCUCGCCGUCGUCGGUAGUCUUGCAUCCUACACCACCGGCCAGCAGGCAGCAGUAAUAACAAAGUGACAACUUUGCAUUUAA